UUUCUGUGCUGCGGCUUCAUUAGGCUACUCUUCUCUGACAGAUGUGUGGGCAGCCGACUCUCCCGCAGGAGCCGGAGUCAUCAUGACAUGGAAAGUCCCUCGAGAGUGUCUUUGUUUCUGUUGAACCUGCUGGUCUGGAGUUGGACCGAUAUUAGCCUACUCUCUGCAGUUCCGUUUUUAGGAGUAGGGUCGACACGCCAAGAUGUGGCAAACUUUUCUCUGCGUUAUUUGCAGUGCUAAGGGCUGCGUGUCCUGCCGUGUGUGUGUCCUAAACGUGUGGGUAGGAUGACUAGUAGGCUACUCUAGUCUAGCACACAUUGGCGCGUUACUGUUUGGACUCGAGAACAGGCUGGCACGCGCAGGACUGCUGUGGCGGUAAUCAGCGAGUGGAGGAGGAAGUCUCUCAGGGAUUUCAGAGCUGCAUGGGAUUUACUUACUGGCACUUCACUAGAAACAGGUCUUGCCAAUAGGCGGAUUUCCCUCUGAGAAGUGUGUGUGUGUGUGUGUGUACACAGUUCAAUUGUGUUUCGCUCACAGGAUAUUGCGUUCACCGUGUUGGGUAAAAACACAACAAAAACACUGACCGCUUCCAGUUGAAACAAUUCCACUUUCGCAUUGUCAAAGCUCCGUGUUACUGUGCAGGAAAGCCCGCUCGCACAUCUUAGUUCACACUAGUGAAGAUCAAUCAGGGCAACUCCUGACAUUUUCAUUCCUAGUGAAGAUCAGUCAGGGCAACUCCUGACAUUUCCAUCGCUGACUUCAACAUGGACCACAGCAGACUUCAGCACGCAUACUUGCCGUGACAUCACGUUGAGUAGGCGCGCGCGCUCACUCACCCAAAGUCUGUUGCGAGAUUACGGUGUUGUUCUUUAGUCUAAAUAACAAAACGGAACUCAUUUCUUACCCGCGGGUUUAUAUUGUAUGGUGUUGUUUACCUGACUCGUAGGCUGCUGCUAGUCACACCGGGAACUCAGAGACUACAGCAGCUGCGGGAGCACCCGGCACCAGAUGAGCUAACGACGAAAGGCGCAGAACUCCUCGAGCUGAUAGGACCAGCGGCUCAGACGCAGGAGGCUACCGGGCGCCCUUCCGUCCCGGAUCUCUGGUAGGAUAUCCAAGUAACGGUGUGUGUUAUGGCUUGCCGAUGGAUGAGUGUGUGUAUGGGACUGUUGCUGCUGCUGGUUGACCCCCCCAACACUAAAGGAGAAGCUGUUCCCACCUUCCAACCGGCCACCCUCAGUGGUAGCACACACACACCAGAGACCGAUGAUGACUACGUUACCUCUGUUGGUCAUGUGAUCGCUCUUACUUGUGAUGAUGCUGAUGAAAGUGAUCAUGUGACCUGGAGUCGAGAGGGGGCCCCACCCUUGGAUACGGCCGUUGCCGGGGCGGAGGUGAGGGGUGGAGCUUUGUGGUUCCUACCUGCUGACUCCUCCCACAGCGGCAUCUACGCGUGUAGUAGGAGUGAUGCUGAUCCGUGGCGUGUGAGCUUGCGUGUGGACAGCGGUGUGUGUCCUGGAAACACUCGGUUAAGAUUCCUGCAGCCGCACCAGUCUGAGAGGCUGCACUGCGGACAAGAGCACAUCUUCAGCUACGGCGCUAACACACACAUCUCCUGGCUAAAGGACUGUACGCCUUUGAACAGGUCUGAGGAUGUCCUGUCCGUUGGUGCCAGAGGGAGCUACACCUGCCUGCUGCACUUCAGCCUGGAUGGACACAACUACACCUCAGCCAGCACCACCCAGGUCCUCCUCGAGGGUGCUGACCAGCUCAGUAAGCCGCAGGUGAUCAGGCCUUUUAAUGAGACACGAGGGGUGGAGCUAGGGUCCCGUGUGGAGUUGACAUGUGAGGCGCUGACAGGAGGAGACGUUCUCUUGGUGUCCUGGAGGAGGAACGGCUCCCUCAUCACCAACAGCACACUCUUCACCGUCACUGAGCGAGUACCUGAAGAGUCCAGGGUUGAGAAGACUCUGGUCAUCUCUGAGGUGUGUGUGGAGCAUCUCAACAUUCCGUUCCAGUGUUGGGCAGAAAACAGCCUGGGCCAAGACCACACACACAUCACUCUCCACGCAGAUGGUAAGCUUUAUGAUGCGUAUGUUAGUUACCCAAGUGGGAACAGCGUUUCCAUGGCAAUGACCUUUGCUCUUCGGGUUCUCCCCGAGGUUCUGGAGAGUAACUAUGGUUACAAACUCUUCAUCAGAGGCAGAGAUGACCUCCCAGGUGAAGCUGUGUGUGAUGUCAUCGACAAGGCUCUAGCGAAGAGUCGCCGACUCCUCAUCGUGCUGGAUGGAACACCGAUGGACACACACACGGACACACACACGCAUACACACACGCAAACACACACGCAAACACACACGCAGACACACACACCUGUGCAUACAGAAACAAUCCCACUUACAGAUGCACACACACAGACAAAUAUACAAUGGGACACACACACACACCAGGAAAGAGCACCAUUUACAUUUCCACACACACACACAGACAUGCAGUCAAGCACACACACACAGUGGGCCCCUCACACAGACACAGACACACACACACACACACACACCCCGCCGCAGUGGGCCCCAGAGCAUGUGUGUUUGGCCCCUCACACAGACACACACACACACACACACACACACCCCCCGCCGCAGUGGGCCCCAGAGCAUGUGUGUCUGGCCCCUCACACAGACACACACACACACACACCCCCCCCGCCGCAGUGGGCCCCAGAGCAUGUGUGUGUGGAGCGGGCGCUCGGUCAGUAUGAGGCGCUGGUCAACUCUGGACUCAAGGUGCUCAUCGUCCAGACGGGGGAGGGGGGGGAAGGGGAGGGGGAGGGGGGGUCCAGCCUAGCCCCCCCACUGCAGCUCCUCACACGGUCCAGACGCCCGCUCCGCUGGCACACACACACACACACGCACACGCACACGCACACACACACACACUCGCCAGCUCAGCAACGCUUCUGGAAGGAACUGAGAUAUCGCAUGCCAGCACCACGAAGGGCAGUCUCUGAAAACUCACACGCACACUCCACUGCUGUCUGACACACAAUCACACACACACACACUCUCACACACACACACACACUUACAAUACCUCUUUGUCUGAAUCACUCACAGUAACACACACACAUAUUGGCCCUCAUUUAUCAACCAAGCGUAGAAACCAGCGUACAUCUGAGCGCAGAAAUCAUCUUACGACGGGGCUCACGUGUGAUUCAUCAAACUUUCGUAUCACUCCAAUUCCAGCGUAAGAAUAAACGUGUAUUGAAAAAUGUGGCAGCUGGAAACAAGCGUGAUUUAAAUAUCACGCCCCUAUAUAUGCUUGUUUAAAUGGCCUUAGAAUUUAGAAUUUAUGACAUGAAGGUGCAUUAUACGUCCAAAAAAGAUCAUUUGUGAUCUCAAGCCACAGUGAUGUCCAGCUGAACCUUGUUCAUUUUGACAGCUAGAAGUGUCAUCAAGGAAGGCGGGAAACUAGAGUGAUUUAAGCGCAACAGACUUUAUUUUCGCAGAGAGAACGCAUCAUACUAUAAAUACAUUCAUUACAAAACCAUACGACACUGAAAUUUGCCCUUUGAAAAUAAUUGAAAAUAUAUAAUUCAUGAAUGUUGCAUUUGCCAAAGAGAAAGUAAUCAUCUCAUAUGGCUAUGUUAUCAUAAGCCAUCAAAUGUGUCAAUAAUAGGCUAGGCUACAUUACAGCAAAUAGGCUGCACAUGUACAGGAAAGGUGUUAUGUCCGAGAUAGUCCAUGAAUUCAACUCUUCAACUUUCUAAUCCACCGCCGAUUUACUGCUGCACUGUGCUAUGCCGCCCGAAAAACUUCCAUACACGACUUGAGACUAGAUGUGAGAUUUGAGCGUAGCCACCGAUCACGUUCACAUUGAAGAAUGCCACGCUUUGCGUAGAAACAAGUGUACGCCUGUCGUACACCUGUUUUUGGUCGAACGCCCGUUUCAUAAAUGAGGGCCAGUGUGUGUAUUUCAGAUGUCUGUAAGGGUUUUUGAUCAGAUAUUCAGAUGUUUAAGUGUUUUUAUCAUGACGUUUGUAAGUGUUUUUAUCGUGGUGUUUAUAAGUGUUUUUAUCAUGGCGUUUUUGCGUGUUUUUAUUCAUCAUUGUAUUUGACGUGUGUUAGCACACAAUGAAAGAACAUCUCUAUUAAUGUUUAUGUUUGAAUGGUACUCUUAUGUUGUUUUUAUUUACUAUUAAUGUUUAUGUUUGAAUGGUACUCUUAUGUUGUUUUUAUUUACUAUUAAUGUUUAUGUUUGAAUGGUACUCUUAUGUUGUUUUUAUUUACCUCAUUCUAAACACUACCACCUCCUGGGGGUACAGAGGGGAGAACAUGUAUUUGUUACCAUGCUAAAGUUGCCUAAAAAGAGGAAUAUAAAAUCAUCAUUUGACAAUU